AUGGUUUCAAGAUUCCAUAAAUAUCAAUUUUAUUUUUAUAGAUAUUAAUAAGCAUCUAAUUCUUAUUUCAGAUCCCAACUCUACAAAUAAGAUAUAUUAUUAAUAAUUGGAUAGUUUAUAAAUGAUGAUGAUGGAUUAUUAUAAUUUCUUUCAUAGUAGUUUAAAAUANCAGUAUUUUCUCCCCUUUUCUCUCCAACAUUGCCACAAAAAGUAAAAAGAUAGUAAAAGUCUCAAAUACCAAAAGAUUUAAAGUAAGAACCUGAAAAACACAUACCAAAACUUGAUUUAACUAAAGCUUAAUAAAUAUAAUAAUUCAAUAUCAAACGUAUGCAAUUAUUAGCGAAUAAAUUGGCAAAUGAAGGAGUUGAAUAGAAAAUUUAUAUGUAAUUAUGUAAUUAUAUUAUAAAGGUUAUAAGAUGAAUUAUUAAGAACUAAAAAUAAAUAUCAUGCUUAAUUAGUCUUGAAUUAACAGUUAGAUUUAUAACUAACAGAAUUAAAUCUCUAAAUUAUGGAAUUAUAAAAUGUGAAUGAAACAUUAAUCAAAUCAAACUAAAUGUAUGAAGAAAAAUGGUCAAGCAUUUAUUAAUAGUUUUCAUUUUAUAAGGAAUUUUAUCUUAAACAUAAAGAUUAAAUUCAACAUAAUAUCUAAUCAUUUGCUACUUCUGAUGAUCAAUAAUAAUUUAGUGCCUUUGAAUUUGAGAAAGUAUUGAACUCUUCUAAAAUAUAUAAUAAGAAUCUAUCCCAAAAAAAUAAUAAUAAUCCUGCUAUUAGUAUAAUUAAUUAUUAAGAUGAUACUAUUUAGUAAUCCUCUUGUAGACUUCCUACAGAUAGGUAAGAAGAAGUGAAUAAAUUCUUAACUUAAUAGUAUAAAUGUUGUUUAAUGAUGAUGGCAAAGGAAGUUAUCUCUUUAGAUUAUCAACAUAUUAAACCUGUUUAGACUAAUCUUAACAAAGUUAAAAUUAAAAGAAGUUACAGUAAUACAAUAGAGUAUUUUCCAGUCUUUUGA